GUUUCCCGGCGUGCUUCAGGCCCGCCAAAUGGGAGGGGGAGACGCAAGAUGGCGGCAGCCGUGAACUCCGGCUCCAGCCUCCCGCUGUUCGACUGCCCGACUUGGGCAGGGAAACCGCCACCCGGCCUUCAUCUGGAUGUCGUGAAAGGAGACAAGCUAAUUGAGAAGCUGAUUAUUGAUGAGAAGAAGUAUUACUUAUUUGGGAGGAACCCCGAUCUCUGUGACUUCACCAUCGACCACCAGUCUUGCUCCCGAGUUCACGCAGCACUGGUGUACCACAAGCACCUGAAGAGAGUUUUCUUGAUAGACCUCAACAGUACGCAUGGCACUUUCUUGGGUCACAUUCGGCUGGAACCUCACAAGCCUCAACAGAUUCCCAUCGAUUCUACGGUCUCAUUUGGCGCAUCCACGAGGGCAUACACUCUGCGAGAGAAGCCUCAGACAUUACCAUCGGCUGUGAAAGGGGAUGAGAAGAUGGGCGGAGAGGAUGAUGAACUUAAGGGCUUGUUGGGACUUCCUGAAGAGGAGACCGAGCUGGAUAACCUGACAGAGUUCAACACUGCCCACAACAAGCGGAUUUCAACCCUCACUAUUGAGGAGGGGAAUCUGGACAUUCAGAGACCAAAGAGGAAGAGGAAGAACUCGAGGGUGACCUUCAGUGAGGAUGAUGAGAUCAUCAACCCAGAGGACGUGGAUCCUUCUGUUGGUCGAUUCCGGAACAUGGUGCAGACUGCAGUUGUUCCAGUCAAGAAGAAGCGGAUGGAGGGCUCUGGCUCUCUGGGCCUGGAGGAGUCGGGGAGCAGGCGCAUGCAGAACUUUGCCUUCAGUGGAGGACUAUAUGGGGGCCUGCCCCCCACACAUAGUGAAACGGGCUCCCAGCCGCAUGGCAUUCAUGGGACAGCACUCAUUGGUGGCUUGCCCAUGCCGUACCCGAACCUCGCCCCUGAUGUGGACUUGACUCCUGUUGUGCCGUCAGCAGUGACCAUAAAUCCCACACCAAACCCUGCAGUCUAUAACCCUGAAGCUGUAAAUGAACCCAAGAAGAAGAAAUACGCGAAGGAGGCUUGGCCGGGCAAGAAGCCCACACCUUCCUUACUGAUUUGAUAUUUUGGUUAUGGAGAGGGUGGGGAGGGGGGUGGAGGGGUGACAAGGGGAGCUACUGAACUAGGGAGAAAACUUUCCAUGUGUGCAGUAUUGUCUUUCAGAAAGUCUCCUGAGGUCCUAACCACGUAAUACUGAGACCGGGGGUGGGGCUAAAGUACCAGUAAAGACCGAUUCAGAACACUUGACUGUAGAGAGAGGCUUCCCAGGCCCUUCUGAGCAGACUGUCCUGGCACGUCCCUGUACCACCUGUUAGGACUGUUCUGUGAAGUCACUCGAGGGAGGCUGUGAGAGGCUGGGAGCCUCAUUAGUUAGUACUCCCUUCCCAGGGAGACCCAGGUAACAGUGGGUACCAGGGUAGCCAUGGAUACCAGGUUGGUCACCACAGUAACGAAUGUCCUCUUGUGCCUGUGGUUUUGAGGUCUAAUAGGCCAUUCUAUGUCCUGUCUGGUGGCAUGAAGCCAUUUUGAGUUUCACUCAUCUGUAGCCAUUGCCACAGGACAAGCUAAUGGGUUUGUACUUUAUUGUUGGACUUCACCUAUGUUUCUCGUCCACACUGAAAACUCAUUUAGUUCGAGUGAGUGCAGCCUCCUCCCUGUGGCUUCACUGUUGGUGUGUGCCCUUAGGCAGUUCCUGGUGAACAGGAAGACUAUACUGCGAGGAGCAGGUGUGAGGAGAACACGCUCAAUUGUUCAUUUGGAGGAUCCCCCUCCCCUGACCCCCCUCACCCCCUUCCAUGGAGAGUUCUGGUUCUUCAGAUCUCCAGAAUAGACCUGGCUAACAGGAGACAAGGUAGGAACCAUUGUACGAGCUUUGUACAGAUUUGUACAUUUGUGUAAUAGGCCUUUUCUGCUUUAAGUGUAGCUUUUUACCUGUAACCUUUAUUACACUGUAAAUUAAAUGUAACUUUUGUCAAUUGGG